AGUGUAAAGUUUUCGGUCGUUUUUCAUCAAGUGUUUUUGAAUGCUCAUAGUGUGGUGUCAUGCAGUCGACUCGUAAAGUGUAUGGAUGGUGUUGACAUGGUAAAAAAAAAUGACAUGUUAAAUUGAAUUAGCAACCAAAGGGAAAACAUCAUCAGAUAAUUUUGCAACAAAACCAUUUUCACAACGAAUAUACGGAAUUUGAAAUAAACCACACACAGGCACACACACAUAUUGGAUACACAAACACACACACAUAUACAUACACCUAAAAUGCACAGCGAAAUAGAGACAAUGUAAUCGUUCUAGACUGAGAACUGUCAACGUCACACACAACAAUCGCGAAUCAAUGCGGUGUUAUCGUGUUUUCUUCGUCUUUUUUCUACAUGUAAAUUCUACGAAACGUUGUUAUAUUAGUGGUGGACUUGGAUAUAAGCGAGAUAGAAAGGCAAAGGGUACCACCGCACAAACAAACAGUCCACAUUUCCGUUUCAUUAAACUGAUGCACUGAAUGGAUUUAAUAAACAUUUCCACUAAUCACAUAGCCAACUAGCACGACUGCCCACUUUGCAAAACCAUGGAUGAAGUUGAUAACAUAAUUAUUCAUUCAUUACGACAAAUUGGAUGCAAACUUGAUGGCGAAGUGGCAAGUUUAGUCGAUUUUACGCCCGAGCUAUUGGUGCAUUGUACUGCGAAAUGUUUACAUCUCAUUCAACCAGAUCUUGAAGUACCUGAAAGUCUUCCACCAGGUAUAGCACAACGUUACAAUGUGACCACUGCAUUGGCCGAGGCAUGUGCCUCAGUGGGUUUCCGUGGCGAUAUCGGGUAUCAAUCGUUCCUUUAUUCAAAUGUGACGGAAGUGCGUCGUGUGUUCAUGUUUUUGAUUGAACGGCUGCCAAAAGAAGCCGAUAAAGAGCAUUUAGAUGAAAUUCACACCGAUCGCAAGUCACUGCUGGAUCAUAACCUUCGUCAAAGUAUUAAAAUUCAAUUAAAUGCCGCAUGGACACCGCAAUAUUGUAAACAAUUUGGUGCACGGAAAUUUGGCAAUCUAAUUGCCAUUCAAGCAUCAAACAAUGGAUUUUUACCACAACGCCUGAAUGUGCCGCAUGGAACAACAACCACUAAAUGUCAAUCGAAUGAGCUUAAUGAAUAUUGGUCAAAGCGUUCGCCGACCAUUUUUCAACAGACCAACAGCAGUAACAUUUGCGCAUCGUUAAUCCAUAAAAAUGAUCAGGAUCUAUUGAGCGGCGGAACAGUGAUUACGACGAAUUUAAGCAAUGAAAAUCAAACAUCUGUGCCAGCAUUGCAACGAAAUUUCCGGAAAUUGAUUCAAAUCCAAAAGUCAAUCGUUGCCCCAUCGUCGUAUGUGAAAAAAGACAAUUUACGGAAUGUUACAUCGGUGCAACAAUUGGCACUGAACAAUGUCGAAAUACCGAACGAAAACGAUAUCGUUGUAAUGCCCGAGAUUCGGGAAUCGGACGCCAUUCGAUUUGAAAUUGAGAAAGUCAAGGGUGAAAUUAAGAAUUUACUUCAGCAUCGACAAGAUUUACAGUCACAAAUGGCCGAAUGCAAAACCGGCAUGAAAACAUUGGCCGAUCAAUUGCCACAGUUGCAAAGCGAGAAAAAAUUAAAGGAACGAACACAUUUAUUGUUGGAAAAUCCAGAUGAAAAUAUUGAAAAAAUGACCAAAGUUCUGGCCACCGCCCACGAACGAAUCAAUAAACUGAAUGAUCAAUGGGAUGAACAUCGAAUUCCAUUGCAACAACAAAUCGAAGUUGCACGAGGCUCUUCCAACUCGAAAUACUCGCACACAAAGCAACUUCUAGACGAAAUCAAAUCAACGAAAGAGGAAGUCGAAGAAUUGGCCGAUAAAUUGAAACAAAAAGCCACACUACACGCAAAACUAGUCGAUGAAUUCGAGAAAAAUAACCGCAAUUUAAACAGGAAUUCGUAUACAUCACGUAUUUUAGAAAUUAUUGGAAAUAUUCGAAAGCAAAAAGCCAGUAUCGACAAAGUCCUGAAUGAUACGCGUGAUAUUCAAAAAGAAAUCAACACGAUAAAUGGCCAAUUGGACCGACAAUUCACAGUGACCGACGAUUUGCUGUUUAAGACGGCCAAAAAAGAUGAGCCAUCGAAAAAGGCUUACAAACUAUUGGCGACGUUGCAUUCAAAUUGUGGCGACUUAAUUCAAAUGGUGAACGAAACGGGGCAGGUGGAGCGUGAAAUUCGCGAUCUCGAGGAUCAAAUUGAGAACGAACGAGACCGUAACAUUCCCGAUAAUCUCAAGCGCAUCACAAACGAUUUGAAACUACUGGAAAUCGAAGCGAAAGAAUUACAAGAGAAAAUUAACGUGCUCAAAAUGCAGCCUUCUUAGUUGCCUACAGCUGUUCUAGAUGUAGAUUCAGUAAACAAUUAAUGAAAAGAUAAAAGAAAAAGCCAGUUAAUUAUGGGAUCACACUAUUUAAUGAUUUUAGCCAAAAAGAAAAAAAAAACAAACAAAAAUUGUGGAGCAAAGUUUUACGAGUACAGAUGCCACGAUGUAGUAUUUUUUCAAACACACAUACACACAUUAUUCAAUUGUCCGGUGUCUGUGUGUUUCGCAAACAAAACUGGAUAUUAUCAUAGAAAAAGUGUUCUUGUUAACAUUAUUACAUGCAAUUAUUAAUGAAAAAUAAAAGAGACAAAAGACUCAUAGGAACUUAAA